AAGUAUGUAAUUAACAGCCAAUGUUUACUUUUUUAUUUGGGGCUAUAGCAGUCAAUUGAAAAACAUUCUAACAGUAUUUCUGAUUGUCUUCUAAACUCAAGAUCACAUACUUUUAAUGUGGGGCUAUGACAGUCAAAUGCAAAUGAGUCUGACAUGUCUAAUUGGGAAUAAUUGGGAACUCGGAAAUCUCAGACUUCACUGCGUUCAAGACGACUGGGAACUCUGAACAAAAAUUGGUCAGACUGAAAUCAUUGUUAGGUCAUCCAACUCGGAAUUCUAAGUCGGAACUCUGCCUCUUCCUUAAGCUCCGACCUGAAGAUCACUGACGUCAUGAUUUGACCUCAUUUUUAAAGCACCAUUAUCUCACCACCACUAAUGAGAUGGGUGUGCAUGAAGCAUGUCACUUCGGUGCUUCUCAAAGGCAGGGGGAGUAGUCAACAGUGCACACUUCAUCUUUGCUGUCACAUCCAACCUGGAUUGAUAUUUUGUUUAAAUGCAGACGAGAGCACUGCUGACCGCAGCUUCACACAGAUAUGAGCUGGCAAAGGUUACCUUGAGUUUUAAUGCUCUGAGGGAGAUCGCAGGGUAUUCCCUUUGAGUCGACCGAAACUCCUCCCUAGUAACCCGUGAUUGCGUUCUCUGCAGCAUUCGGUCACAUGACAGCUCAAAAGGCCACAGUUGACUGUUGCACUUGUAUCGUUCCAAUUCAAGCGCAACGUUUAAGUGCGGCCUUUUCCUACGAUCUAAGGGCAUUCUCUAGUUGAAUUUCAUCUUUUAGAUUUCAAAAAUGUUCUUUUACAAUGAUUUUGAGAUACACAGAAGAUAUAUAACAUUUUUGGGGGGUGGAAAUUUGUCUGCGACCCCGUUUUCAUACCCUUAGUUUGGGAACCGCUGGAGUAGACACCCAAAGACUUUCCUAGCAAGUCAGGUUGUGAUCAGGGUAGAACUCCUUACCCAAAUACAUUUGUAUGUAUAUUCAUUAAGUGUUCUCUCUCUCAGCUGGUCAUAUCAGGAAGUGACCACUAGCGGGCGCUAUAAUGAUAGCAUCCAAGUGUACGCUGCCGGGGCCGUUGAAGCUGCAGUCAGCUCUGAGGUAAGGUAGAGAGACAGUCACCCUAACCCUGCUGGGGUAGUGGGGUCUAAGUUCAAGUUCCCUUGCUCAGACAUUGUUGACAUUGCUGACAAAUGCCAAAUCUUACAAACAUUAGAGCAGUCUGCUGCCCAACGGCACAAUCGAUGACACAGCAACCAUUGGUUGAUCCAUGCAACAUCUGAAAAGGGGAACACGACCCAAAUCUAUAGUUCAACUAUUUGUGUGUUUGUGUCAUAGCUGAUCUAUAAGCACUGGAUGAACACACUUAUGGGGUACUGCAGUCCAUUUACAUUUGAGUCAGGAUUCUGUCACAGACUGAAGGAUUACAUCACCACCAACCUGCAGUGGGUCAGACAGCAGAUAGAGGAGCAUCCACACUGUCCCUACUGGCACCAGAUGUGGUUGGUGUUGCUGCAGCUGAAAGGUCUGAAAGAUGGCUACAAUGAUCAGCUGUCAUUUCCCAGAGGCCCUUUCACUCUCAACCCCUUCGGCUUCCUGUAAGUGUGGUCUGUGACCUCUGGUGGGUUAGAGUUCCCCCAUAGAAAAUGAUAGAGGACUCUAGUGCCCAAAAGCCAUUUUAGCAUGGGCAGCGCCAUUCAGGACUUAAACUAUUUUGAAGUAGUCAACUGGGUGGGACUUAAUUCCAUCACAUAAUUCCAUCCAGGUCAUCAGGAGGGGUCAGCCAAUGAAUAAUACUUGUGAGCAAACAUUCCAUAACUGCAGGUGGCAGUAAAUCACCAAUCUUAGCUUUAUCUGUUCAAACAACACACUGCAAGUGGCAUGCACCCUUUCAGUUUGUUUACAAACUCAUAGAAGUAGUAGAAGAAGAAAAUUGACUACUUCAAAAUGGAAAUGGCCUCAAUGGUCCUGCCCGUCCACUCACAGACUGCAUAAUUGGACAGAUACAAAGAAGAGUCCUCUAUCAUUCUCUAUGAGAUCAGCGCAGCAGUGAGUUUCUGUAAGCACCCCUGAUUUUAAUCACCAAGAGUACCCAUCUCAGGAAUAAUGUGAGGGGUUCCAAUGGGGAUUUUUUUUUAGGGUGAGCUAAAUCAAGUGCACCCUGCUAUACAGCUAUGACCAAAACCUCUAUUUUUCUGUGGCUAUCCCAUAGAGAAUGAUAGAGGCAUCUAGUGGCCAAAAGGCCAUUUUAGCAUGGCCAGAGCUAUUGAGAGCUUCCGCCAUUUGAAUGUAGUCAACUUAGUGGGACUUCCAACUUCAUUGGCUGAACCCUCCUGGUGAUGCUGCUGGAGUCAUGUGCAACCAGGUCAUCAGGAGCGAUCAGCCAAUCGUAACAAAUAAGAAAAUGUACUACUUCAAAAUGGAGAUGGCCUCAAUGGCACUGCCCAUGCUGUCACACGUCUCUGUGGGCUAUUCAGACUUUUCCAGAUGGGAGGAGGCCUGGUGGAUCUUGAGGGGGACCUAAACAAAUCUAGCCAAUCACGGACACUGGGCUCUGGCUCCUGCUCCGCCCUCAUCAAGCUAUUGCCUGGCAACAAGGAUCUGCUGGUGUCUCAUGAUACCUGGAACAUUUACCAGGCCAUGCUGUGCAUCUUAAAGAAGUACCAGUUCGCCUACCGUGUCUCUCCUACAGACAGUGAUCCGAUCCCUGGCGGAACCCAGGCCUUCUCCUCCUACCCAGGGUCCAUUUUCUCUGGAGAUGACUUCUACAUCCUUAGCACCGGGCUGGUUACCUUGGAGACAAUCAUCGACAACAGUAACCCCGCCCUCUGGAAAUUUGUUCAACCAACCGGAGCAGUGAUGGAGUGGCUGAGGAACAUUGUAGCCAAUAGGCUGGCUGCAUCCGGCAAGGAGUGGGAAGAGAUUUUCCGCAAACACAACAGGUAUAAUAACCAGUGGAUGAUAGUGGAAUACAGGCAUUUCACUCCGGGGAUGACAGAGACCAAGGAGCAGCUGUUUACUGUACUGGAGCAGCUCCCGGAAGAGUCAACACACACACGGGUGUUCACGAUACCAGUGUUAAGUGGGCUGGUUGUUCACUCUGAUAAAACCCAGGAGUUGCUGCAGAAAGGUUACUGGUCCAGUUAUAACAUCCCGUACUAUGAGGAGGUGUUUAAUGCCAGUGGCUGUCGAGAACUGGUUAAACAGUUUGGUCCAUGGUUCUCUCUGGACAUGAACCCUCGAGCCCAGAUCUUCAGAAGGAACCAAUCACACAUCACAGACAUGGACUCCAUGGUCCGCCUCAUGAGGUAUAAUAACUUUAAGAAUGACCCGUUGUCUUGGUGUGAGGGCUGUGACCCGCCUGCUAAUGGAGAGAACACCAUCUCAGCCCGGUCCGACCUGAACCCGGCUAACGGAACGUAUCCCUUUGGAGCGCUGAAGCAGAGACCACAUGGAGGAACGGAUAUGAAGGUGACGUCCUACGGGCUGUGGCGUGAGUUUGGCUUCCUGGCAGUGAGUGGACCCACUUGGGACCAGGUACCUGCCUUCCAGUGGAGUUCCUCCCCCUACUCAGACCUGAUGCACAUAGGACAUCCUGACACCUGGGCGUUUGCACCUGUAAAUGUCACCUGGUCUACCUAACCCUUCUGAUCUAUCCGCUGCCUUUGACACUGAACCAUCAUAUACUCCUCUCAACCCUCUCAGGGCUGGGAGUCUCUGCACAUUCUUGGAUUGCAUCCUACCUGGCAGGCCGCUCCUACCAGGUGACGUGGAGAGGAUCUGUGUCUGCACCACGUACUCUCACUACUGGUGUUCCCCAGGGCUUGGUUCUAGGUUGAAAACCCUGCUUGUGCCAUAAAACCCCUGCAACUUAUCCAGAACACUGCAGCGCACUUGGUUUUCAACCUUCCCAAGUUCUCUAUUGUCACCCCAGUCCUUCGUACACUCCACUGGCUUCCACUCAAAGCUCAAAUCCACUUCAAGACCAUGGUGCUUACCUACGGAACAGCAAGAGGAACUGCCCCUCCCUACCUUCAGGCUAUGCUCAAAUCCUACACCCCAACCUGAGAACUCCAUUCUGCCACCUCCCGUUCUAGCUCUGACUACUGAUUUAUUUACUUGAGAAAAAAUGUACAUUCUAUGCCUGUGAUAUGUGGUUGUCCCACCUAGCUAUCUUAAGAUGAAUGCACUAACUGUAAGUCACUCUGGAUAAGAGCGUCUGCUAACUGACUAAAAUUGAAAUAUACCCCUUACAUUAAACCUACACGCACAGACCCCUCCGUGUCAGAGAAUAAACUAAGGGGUGAUGGGUUUAAUUUCAGAAGUGAAAUGAUUACAAAAGUAAUGUAAUGUAUUAGGUAUACAGUACAACAGUAAGCUCAGGGUUAGCAUGUAUAUUUACUGCUCUGUUGUGUGAACAAUCUUGAGAUAAGGAAGUGGGUUUUAAUUUUUUCAUUUUUAUGUUUUGCUCGUACUGGCUGUCAUUGAAUGUGAUGUGAGAUGGGAAAACUUUAAAUGGGUCUGGAGUUCCACAAAUGACAAUAUAGAGGUAGGAAAUUGUACUGGGAAAAAAUGCACCAUUCGUUUGGCCAAUAGAGAAUGAUAAAAAAAUAUAUAUAUGUAAUCAAACAGUUUAGUGUAGCCUUUGUGCCUACUUGAAGUAUUCUACCAUUUGAUUCAUGCUGCUAUGACACUGGUCAAUUUGUUCAAUUCAUGUUGACUUUAUUAGACAGUAAUUGCAUAAAAACAUGUAUUACAUUUGUUAGCAUUUGACAGAUCUGAUUUAAUACGGUCAAUGGUUUUUGGAAUUAAUUUUGUUUUAAACUUUACUUUAUAGCCAUGUCAUGUGGAGCUUAUUUAGAAAUACAAAGCUGGCGUUCUUUC